AAUGACAAUUGUAAGCAAAAAUAUUUACAAAAAUAUAUUUUUAAUAAAUAAGUAUACAAUAUUGUUUUGUAGAAACUAUAAAAGACAUAAACAUCGGAAGAAAUGUAAAAGGAGCGUUUUUCUUUAUCCAUGAAGGUGGUCGUUGAUUACCUUUAUUCAGCAGAUUGCUGAAUCUGACCACAAUCAAAAUAAUUAAAACGUAUACCUUAAAAAAAUAUGUAAAUUGAAUCAACUAAAAUCAAUGUAAAGUAUUAGUAAUAAAAACAUUAUGGCAGACGAUAGCUGGGCUUGUAAAUUCACCGAACGAAAAUUUUGCUACAUUAAAAAUACUCGUAAGCGGAACAAAGAAUACAGAAGCAAAGAGCUGAAAAUAUUGUACACAAAUGAAAAGAUGAAAUUUCAACCACCAACCGAUUAUACUAUUACUGAAGAAACAGCGUACAAAAACUAUGAAGAGAGUCCUUGUAAUGGUUGUGAAAACGUUUGUAUAUACGUUCACAAUAAGAAAGUUAAACACAGGAGGCGAACUAAGUACAAAGUGUACAAAUAUUCUAAGGAACAAUUAUUGCUAAAUCAUGUUAGCUCUUCAAAGAAAUCUAGAGAUUAUUAUAAUCGCUACAGUAUGCCUGAUCUAAAAUACAGUUGCUCGGGUAAGCCUAAGUUCAUUGUAAAGGGCUCCGAUAUAAUUAGACAAAAGUCUUACAACCCUUUUAAUACAAAUUUCACAGUAAAUAUAGUGUCUGAUUAUAACGUACCAGAAUGCUUAAAGACGUACAAUAACCCCAUGAUGCAAGCACGGUGGAGGGUGUACAGAUGCCAAUUUGGUGCUAAAGAAGAAAGUUGUUGCUGUUCGUGUAAUUCUGAUGCCAUGUUUGAAGUAAUGAAAAGUCUUUAUGACUGCUAUAAGAAGAAGAACUGUGAUAAUUGUAACUGUAUACUUUGCGGUCACAUGCCAAGGGAAGAAAGACGGUUAGGUGAAAUAAGAAAAUCCGCCGCAGCUUUAGAAACGGCUAGCGUAAGGGAACGAAAGAAAGAAAUAGCUAAAAGAACCAAAGAAGCAGUUGCCGCCAUGGAAGGUAAAUCACCAGCAGAAAAAGAGAAAAUUCUUAAAGACCUAGCGAUGUCCGGAGUACCUUUGCCGGAAGCAAAAACAGACUCCGAAAGAGCUCUAAUGAAAAAAGUAAGAACCGAACUUGGUUUACCGCCUGAACCACAAACUGCAGCUGAAAAAGAAAAAAUGAAAAAGGCAGAGGCUGCCGGAGCUUUAAUUCCAUUAGAAGGUAAAACUGCAGCAGAAAAAGAAAAAAUAUUGAAGAAACAAGCCGAACUUGGUAUUCAACUUCCAGAAGGUAGGACGCCUUCUGAAAAAGCUUUGAUUCAAAAAAUCAAAACGGCAGUGGGUGUAGCACCAUCUGAAAAACGAGUACCGUCAGAAAAACUGCGUAAAGCUAAGGCUGCUGGCCUGUUGACGCCAUUAGAUGGCAAGACUAAAGAGCAAAAAGAAAAAAUACUCAAAGGUUUGGCAAUGGCUGGUAUACCUUUACCUGAAGGAAAAACUCCGUCAGAAAAGAAGUUGAUAGAUAAAGUCAGAACCGAAGUUGGUUUGCCACCACAACCUAAAACGGCAGCCGAAAAAGAAAAAUAUAAAAAAGCCACAGCGGCUGGUAUAAUCACGCCACUAGAAGGAAAAUCUGCAGCGGAGAAAGAGAAAAUAUUAAAAGCCCAACAUGAUAUGGGUUUACCAUUACCUGAAGGAAGAACGGCUUCUGAGAAAGCUCUUAUAGCCAAAAUAAAAUCAAGAAAACCAUCUGUAGCUGUUGGAACACCAUCAGAAAAAUUGAAAAAAGCCAAAGCUGCAGGUUUAAUUACUCCAUUAGAAGGUAAAACUCCAGAGCAAAAAGAAAAAAUAAUUAGAGGCCUCGCCAUGCAAGGUUUGCCUUUACCAGAAGGAAAGACGGCGUCAGAAAAGAAACUGAUUGACAAAGUCAGAGCAGACCUUGGACUGCCUCCAGAGCCAAAAACUGCUGCAGAAAAAGACAAAUAUAAUAAAGCACUAGCUGCCGGCGUGAUAGAACCACUAGAAGGAAAAACACCAGCCCAGAAAGAGAAAAUUCUAAAAGCUCAACACGACAUGGGAAUUCCUUUGCCAGAAGGAAGAACACCUUCAGAAAAGGCCCUGAUUGCAAAAAUAAAAGCAACACCCCCAGGAGCACCCGUGGGUAUUCCGUCUGAAAAAUUACGUAAAGCUAAAGCAGAAGGAUUGAUCACACCACUAACAGGAAAAACACCAGAACAAAAAGAAAAGAUUAUAAGAGGAUUGGCUAUGCAAGGUUUACCAUUGCCAGAGGGAAAAACGGCAUCUGAAAAGAAACUUAUAGAUAAAGUUAGAGCAGAACUAGGACUUCCGCCUGAACCAAAAACAGCAGCAGCAAGAGAUAAGUACAACAAAGCUUUGGCGGCUGGCGUCAUAGUUCCACUAGAAGGCAAAUCUGGUCCGGAAAAAGAAAAAAUAUUAAAAGCACAACAUGACAUGGGCAUACCCCUCCCUGAAGGCCGGACACCGUCUGAAAAAGCUUUAAUAGCUAAAAUUAAAGCAAUGCCAAGGGCACCAUCCGCCGCUCCAGUAGCGAUCCCAUCAGAAAAAAUGAAAAAAGCAAAAGCAGCUGGAUUGAUUACCCCACUAGCUGGGAAGACACCUGAACAAAAGGAAAAGAUUAUAAGAGGAUUAGCCAUGCAAGGUAUGCCAUUACCAGAGGCAAAAACAGCAUCCGAGAAAAAGCUUAUCGAUAAAGUCAGAGCUGAUCUUGGUCUUCCACCAGAACCAAAGACUGCUGCAGAAAGAGACAAAUAUAAUAAAGCAUUAGCUGCCGGCGUGAUAGAACCACUAGAAGGAAAAACACCAGCCCAGAAAGAGAAAAUUCUAAAAGCUCAACACGACAUGGGAAUUUCUUUGCCAGAAGGAAGAACACCAUCAGAAAAGGCCCUGAUUGCAAAAAUAAAAGCAACACCCCCAGGAGCACCCGUGGGUAUUCCGUCUGAAAAAUUACGAAAAGCUAAAGCAGAAGGAUUAUUAACUCCGCUAACGGGAAAAACCCCAGAGCAAAAAGAAAAGAUUUUAAGAGGGUUGGCUAUGCAAGGUUUACCACUCCCAGAAGGGAAAACCGCUUCUGAAAAGAAACUUAUAGACAAGGUCAGAGCUGAUCUAGGACUCCCACCCGAACCGAAAACAGCUGCAGCAAGAGAUAAGUACAACAAAGCUUUGGCCGCUGGCGCCAUAGUUCCACUAGAAGGCAAAUCCGGUCCAGAAAAGGAAAAAAUAUUAAGAGCACAACACGACAUGGGCAUACCCCUCCCUGAAGGUCGUACACCAUCUGAAAAAGCUUUAAUAGCUAAAAUUAAAGCAAUGCCAAGGGCACCAUCAGCGGCUCCAGUAGCGACCCCAUCAGAAAAAAUGAAAAAAGCAAAAGCAGCUGGAUUGAUUACCCCACUAGCUGGGAAGACACCUGAACAAAAGGAAAAGAUUAUAAGAGGAUUAGCCAUGCAAGGUAUGCCAUUACCAGAGGCAAAAACAGCAUCCGAGAAAAAACUAAUCGAUAAAGUCAGAGCUGAUCUUGGUCUUCCACCAGAACCAAAGACUGCCGCUGAAAAAGAUAAAUAUAAUAAAGCUUUAGCUGCAGGUGUUAUAGAACCGCUAGAAGGGAAAACACCAGCCCAAAAAGAGAAGAUUUUGAAAGCCCAACACGAUAUGGGAAUACCUUUACCAGAAGGAAGGACUCCCUCGGAGAAGGCUUUGAUAGCGAAAAUUAGAGCAACACCUCCAGGAGCACCAGUAGGAAUCCCUUCAGAAAAAUUACGAAAGGCAAAAGCAGCAGGAUUAAUCACUCCGCUAACAGGAAAAACCCCAGAGCAAAAAGAAAAGAUUAUAAGAGGAUUGGCUAUGCAAGGCUUACCACUCCCGGAAGGAAAAACCGCAUCUGAGAAGAAACUUAUCGACAAGGUCAGAGCUGAUCUAGGACUCCCACCCGAACCGAAAACAGCGGCAGCAAGAGAUAAGUACAACAAAGCUUUGGCGGCUGGCGUCAUAGUUCCACUAGAAGGCAAAUCCGGUCCAGAAAAGGAAAAGAUAUUAAAAGCACAACACGACAUGGGCAUACCCCUGCCUGAAGGUCGUACUCCUUCUGAAAAAGCUUUAAUAGCUAAAAUUAAAGCGAUGCCAAGGGCACCAUCAGCUGCUCCUGUAGCAAUUCCAUCCGAAAAACUUAGAAAAGCAAAGGCAGCUGGAUUGAUUACUCCUUUAGAAGGAAAAACUCCAGAACAAAAAGAAAAAAUACUACGUGGAUUGGCCAUGUCCGGUUUACCGCUCCCAGAAGGAAAGACAGCAUCUGAGAGAAAAUUAAUUGAUAAGGUCAGGGCUGACGUUGGUCUGCCUCCUGAACCAAAGACUGCCGCUGAAAGAGAUAAAUAUAACAAAGCUUUAGCUGCAGGUGUUAUAGAACCGCUAGAAGGGAAAACACCAGCCCAAAAAGAGAAAAUUUUGAAAGCCCAACACGAUAUGGGAAUACCUUUACCAGAAGGAAGGACCGCAUCAGAGAAAGCAUUAAUAGCGAAAAUCAAAGCAGCACCUCCAGGAGCACCAGUGGGGAUCCCUUCAGAAAAAUUACGGAAGGCAAAAGCAGCAGGAUUAAUCACUCCGCUAACGGGAAAGACCCCCGAGCAAAAAGAAAAAAUUAUAAGAGGAUUGGCUAUGCAAGGCUUACCACUCCCAGAAGGAAAAACCGCUUCUGAAAAGAAACUUAUUGACAAGGUCAGAGCUGAUCUAGGACUCCCACCCGAACCUAAAACAGCGGCAGCAAGAGAUAAGUACAACAAAGCUUUGGCGGCUGGCGUCAUAGUUCCACUAGAAGGCAAAUCCGGUCCAGAAAAGGAAAAGAUAUUAAAAGCGCAGCACGACAUGGGCAUACCCCUCCCUGAAGGUCGUACACCGUCUGAAAAAGCUUUGAUAGCUAAAAUCAAAGCAAUGCCAAGGGCACCAUCAGCAGCUCCUGUUGCAAUCCCAUCCGAAAAACUUAGAAAAGCAAAAGCAGCCGGUCUGAUUACUCCAUUAACGGGAAAAACUCCAGAACAAAAAGAAAAAAUACUACGUGGAUUAGCCAUGCAAGGUUUACCGUUACCAGAAGGGAAAACACCAUCUGAGAGAAAAUUGAUCGACAAAGUUAGGGCCGACCUUGGCCUUCCCCCCGAGCCAAAAAGUGCCGCUGAAAAAGACAAAUAUAAUAAAGCUUUAGCUGCAGGUGUUAUAGAACCGCUAGAAGGGAAAACACCAGCCCAAAAAGAGAAGAUUUUGAAAGCCCAACACGAUAUGGGAAUACCUUUGCCAGAAGGAAGGACUCCCUCGGAGAAGGCUUUGAUAGCGAAAAUUAAAGCAACACCUCCAGGAGCACCAGUGGGAAUCCCUUCAGAAAAAUUACGAAAGGCAAAAGCAGCAGGAUUAAUCACUCCGCUAACAGGAAAAACCCCAGAGCAAAAGGAAAAGAUUAUAAGGGGAUUAGCUAUGCAAGGCUUACCACUCCCAGAAGGAAAAACCGCAUCUGAGAAGAAACUUAUUGACAAGGUCAGAGCUGAUCUAGGACUCCCACCUGAACCGAAAACAGCGGCAGCAAGAGAUAAGUACAACAAAGCUUUGGCGGCUGGCGUCAUAGUUCCACUAGAAGGCAAAUCCGGUCCAGAAAAGGAAAAGAUAUUAAAAGCACAACACGACAUGGGCAUACCCCUGCCUGAAGGUCGUACUCCUUCUGAAAAAGCUUUAAUAGCUAAAAUUAAAGCGAUGCCAAGGGCACCAUCAGCUGCUCCUGUAGCAAUUCCAUCCGAAAAACUUAGAAAAGCAAAGGCAGCUGGAUUGAUUACUCCCUUAGAAGGAAAAACUCCAGAACAAAAAGAAAAAAUACUACGUGGAUUAGCCAUGUCUGGUUUGCCGCUCCCAGAAGGAAAGACAGCUUCUGAAAGGAAAUUAAUUGAUAAAGUCCGAGCUGAUCUUGGUCUUCCACCAGAACCAAAGACUGCCGCUGAAAAAGAUAAAUAUAAUAAAGCUUUAGCUGCAGGUGUUAUAGAACCGCUAGAAGGGAAAACACCAGCCCAAAAAGAGAAAAUUUUGAAAGCUCAACACGAUAUGGGAAUACCUUUACCAGAAGGAAGGACUCCCUCGGAGAAGGCUUUGAUAGCGAAAAUUAAAGCAGCACCUCCAGGAGCACCAGUGGGAAUCCCUUCAGAAAAAUUACGGAAGGCAAAAGCAGCAGGAUUAAUCACUCCGCUAACGGGAAAGACCCCCGAGCAAAAAGAAAAAAUUAUAAGAGGAUUGGCUAUGCAAGGCUUACCACUCCCAGAAGGAAAAACCGCUUCUGAAAAGAAACUUAUAGACAAGGUCAGAGCUGAUCUAGGACUCCCACCCGAACCGAAAACAGCGGCAGCAAGAGAUAAGUACAACAAAGCUUUGGCGGCUGGCGUCAUAGUUCCACUAGAAGGCAAAUCCGGUCCAGAAAAGGAAAAAAUAUUAAAAGCACAGCACGACAUGGGCAUACCCCUCCCUGAAGGUCGUACGCCAUCUGAAAAAGCUUUGAUAGCUAAAAUCAAAGCAAUGCCGAGGGCGCCAUCAGCAGCUCCUGUUGCAAUCCCAUCCGAAAAACUUAGAAAAGCAAAAGCAGCCGGCCUGAUUACUCCAUUAACGGGAAAAACUCCAGAACAAAAAGAAAAAAUACUACGUGGAUUAGCCAUGCAAGGUUUACCAUUACCAGAAGGGAAAACACCAUCUGAGAGAAAAUUGAUCGACAAAGUUAGGGCUGACCUUGGCCUUCCCCCCGAGCCGAAAAGCGCCGCUGAAAGAGACAAAUAUAACAAAGCUUUAGCUGCAGGUGUUAUAGAACCGCUAGAAGGGAAAACACCAGCCCAAAAAGAGAAGAUUUUGAAAGCCCAACACGAUAUGGGAAUACCUUUACCAGAAGGAAGGACUCCAUCGGAAAAAGCGUUAAUAGCAAAAAUUAAAGCAGCACCUCCAGGAGCACCAGUGGGGAUCCCUUCAGAAAAAUUACGAAAAGCAAAAGCAGCAGGUUUACUAACUCCGUUAACAGGAAAAACCCCAGAGCAAAAAGAAAAGAUUUUAAGAGGAUUGGCUAUGCAAGGUUUACCGUUGCCAGAGGGAAAAACGGCAUCUGAAAAGAAACUUAUAGAUAAAAUUAGAGCAGAUCUAGGACUUCCACCUGAACCAAAAACUGCAGCAGAAAAAGAUAAGUAUAACAAGGCUUUGGCAGCAGGAAUAAUAGAACCUUUAGAAGGAAAAUCAGGACCAGAAAAAGAAAAAAUUCUAAAAGCACAACACGACAUGGGUAUCCCAUUACCUGAAGGUCGAACACCAUCUGAAAAAGCUUUAAUUGCUAAAAUUAAAGCAAUGCCCCGAGUGUCAUCAGAAGCUGUGGGUGUUCCAUCCGAAAAACUUAGGAAAGCUAAGGCAGCUGGUCUUAUCACCCCAUUAGCAGGAAAAUCACCCGAACAAAAAGAAAAAAUUAUAAGAGGUUUAGCAAUGCAAGGUUUGCCUCUUCCUGAGGCUAAGACACCAUCCGAGAAAAAACUAAUUGACAAAGUGCGAGCCGAACUUGGCUUGCCCCCAGAACCUAAAACAGCUGCUGAAAGACAAAAGUACAAUAAAGCUUUGGCAGCUGGUAUAAUUGCACCGUUAGAAGGAAAAUCCGGUCCAGAGAAAGAAAAAAUGUUAAAAGCCCAACACGACAUGGGCAUCCCGCUACCUGAAGGGCGCACCCCGUCUGAAAAAGCACUUAUAGCCAAAAUCAAAGCUACGCCAAGAGCUCCGUCAGCGGUUGGAAUACCAUCAGAAAAGUUACGGAAAGCUAAAGCAGCGGGACUUAUUACACCUUUAGAAGGCAAAACUCCCGAGCAAAAGGAGAAAAUAUUAAAAGGCCUUGCCAUGCAAGGUUUGCCGCUUCCAGAAGGAAAGACACCCUCAGAAAAAAAAUUAAUAGACAAAGUUAGAGCUGACCUGGGUCUUCCACCCGAACCAAAAACAGCGGCAGCAAAGGAUAAGUAUAAUAAAGCUUUAGCAGCCGGAAUCAUUGUACCAUUAGAAGGUAAAUCGGGUCCAGAAAAAGAAAAAAUUCUAAAAGCGCAGCACGAUAUGGGUAUUCCACUUCCAGAAGGUCGUACACCUUCUGAAAAAGCUUUAAUAGCCAAAAUUAAAGCAAUGCCUAAAGCUCCCUCGGCUGUAGCAAUACCCUCAGAAAAGUUAAGAAAAGCUAAAGCCGCGGGAUUAAUUACUCCACUAACAGGAAAAACGCCAGAACAAAAAGAAAAGAUCUUAAGAGGAUUGGCUAUGCAAGGUUUACCAUUGCCAGAGGGAAAAACGGCAUCUGAAAAGAAACUUAUAGACAAAGUUAGAGCAGAUCUAGGACUUCCACCUGAACCAAAAACCGCAGCAGCAAGAGAUAAAUAUAACAAAGCUUUAGCAGCAGGAAUAAUAGAACCAUUAGAAGGAAAAUCUGGACCCGAAAAAGAAAAGAUCUUAAAGGCUCAGCAUGACAUGGGCAUACCACUACCCGAAGGUCGAACUCCAUCAGAAAAAGCUUUAAUAGCAAAAAUUAAAGCUACACCGAGGGCUCCCUCGGUAGCGCCAGCUGCAAUACCAUCAGAAAAAAUGCGAAAAGCGAAAGCAGAAGGCUUGUUGACGCCGUUAGAAGGCAAAACUCCAGAUCAAAAAGAAAAAAUAAUAAGAGGCCUAGCUAUGAAAGGUUUGCCUCUACCCGAAGGCAAGACUGCAUCUGAAAAAAAAUUGAUUGACAAAGUUAGAGCAGACCUCGGCCUUCCGCCGGAACCAAAGACAGCCGCUGAAAAAGACAAGUAUAAUAAAGCUUUAGCUGCAGGUAUUAUAGAACCACUAGAAGGGAAAACACCAGCCCAAAAAGAGAAAAUUUUGAAAGCUCAACAUGACAUGGGUAUUCCCUUGCCCGAAGGUCGAACACCAUCCGAAAAAGCUCUUAUAGCUAAAAUCAAAGGUCGAGCGCCGUCAGAAGCGAUGGCAAUACCAUCUGAAAAAUUACGAAAAGCUAAAGCUGCUGGACUUAUCACACCAUUAACAGGAAAGACUCCAGAGCAAAAGGAAAAAAUUAUUCGGGGGCUAGCUAUGCAAGGUUUGCCACUACCCGAGGCAAAAACAGCAUCCGAAAGGAAAUUAAUUGACAAAGUUCGAGCAGACUUAGGAUUACCUCCAGAACCUAAAACACCUUCAGAAAAACAGAAAUAUAAUAAAGCACUGGCAGCGGGAAUUAUAGGCCCAUUAGAAGGAAAAUCAGGACCAGAGAAAGAAAAAAUGUUAAAAGCACAACACGACAUGGGCAUCCCAUUGCCAGAGGGUAGAACUCCCUCUGAGAAAGCUUUGAUAGCCAAAAUAAAAGCCACGCCAAGAGCUCCAUCUGCUGCAGGUGUCCCAUCUGAAAAACUAAGAAAAGCAAAAGCAGAAGGGUUGUUAACUCCAUUAGAAGGAAAAACUCCGGAACAAAAAGAAAAAAUAUUACGAGGUUUGGCUAAAUCAGGCCUGCCUUUACCAGAAGGCAAAACACCAUCAGAAAAAGAGUUGAUAAAAAAAGUCAGAACAGAAUUAGGAUUACCACCAGAACCCAAAACGCCAUCUAUAAAAGAAAGAAUGCGGAAAGCUCAAGCAGCUGGAAUAAUUACCCCUCUUGAAGGUAAGACCCCUUCACAAAAAGAAAAAAUUUUAAGAGGCAUGGCAGAAGCGGGAAUUCCUCUGCCUGAAGGAAGGACUGCUUCGGAAAAAGCCGUAAUUGCUCAAAUUGAAGCUGAAAAAGGAAAACCUAAAAAGCCAGCAUAUGUCGGGCCACCAGCAUUACCUCCUGAUCAGGCCAGGGAGUUGGACCAAAAAACUGCAAAAGUAAUGAAAGAAGGCAAGGGGCCUAGCGACGAAUGUAUAUGUCCUUUGUUGACCCCAGAGGCAGAAAGAGAGCCGUCUGCCAAAGCAGCUCGACCAUCUGCAAAACCUAUUCCAUCAGAAAAAUUAAAAAAGGCAAAAGCUGCAGGUUUAUUGACGCCAUUAGAAGGCAAGACGCCGGCAGAAAAAGAGAAAAUCAUUCGAGGACUAGCACAAGCAGGCUUGCCACUUCCAGAAGGAAAGACAGCAUCUGAAAAAUCAAUGAUUCGAAAAAUUCGGGGAGAAAUGGGAAUACCUCCUGAAGCAAAAACUCCAUCCGAAAGAGAAGUUAUAAAAAAAGCUAAAGCAGAAGGUUUGUUAACGCCACUCAAGGGAAAGACUCCAGAACAAAAAGAGAAAAUAAUAAGGGGUUUAGCAGAAGCUGGGCUACCAAUACCCGAAGGGACAACCCCAUCCGAAAAAGAAUUAAUAAAGAAAAUAAGAACUGAAGUAGGUCUUCCGCCUGAAGCAACUCCUUCGGAAAAAAGAAGAGGCAUUAAAACUAAAGCAAAAAAACCACCAGAAUUUGGGGUAGCUCCUGAGGCUGUUACCCCUUCAGAAAAAGCAAUAGUUAAAAAAGCAAAAGCUGAUGGUUUAAUAACACCAUUAACAGGAAAGACUCCAGCUCAAAAAGAAAAAAUAAUAAGAGGUUUAGUUCAGGCUGGAUUACCAAUUCCUGAAGGCAAAACUGCAUCCGAAAAGGAGUUAAUAAAGAAAAUACGUACUGAAGCUGGUCUUCCGCCUGAACCUACACCAUCUGAAAAAAAGGGUAAAAUCAGAACUAAAUCAAAAAAGGUGGGAGUAGCUGGAGCUAGGAAAAGUGUUAAAGGUGUUGCUGCUGUAAAAUCAAAAGUAGCAGGCAUAUCGGAAGAAUUCCAAGAUAUAAUAAAAACUACAACAUGUGAUCGAGGCUGUGGGUGUGAUAAAAAGAAAAUAAGAUUCAAACACAGUUACGUCAAAAUAAGAGUUACAUCCCCAGAUAUAUCUUCUCUUUGCCCAUGCCCUGAAGAAUGCGUGCCAGGAGUUAAAGGCGGGGUGUUUGUAGAUAAUGAAGGAAUCAAGGUGACUGUUGGAAGAGCUGUAGGUGUUCCAUCUUUUUCAAUGGAACAAUCACGAAAGAAAAGAUACGAGACAGCGCAAUAUUAUGGAAACGAAGAAAACUUAGGGUCUAUUAAUUUAUCCCAUAAGUCUAUUAAUAAGAGGAAGGGUAUUUACUCACAACCUAAAAUAAAAACACAUCGCAUUAGUCGGAAAAAAGAUGACAUAGAAUAUUUAUUAAAGUAUAAUGUUAAUUUUACAACUACAUCAGAAGAAGAUCUUUCCGAAACUUCUGAAUAUGUUUUUGAAGACACCUCUUUCGAUGAUAUUUAUGACUCUUACAUAGAUUUGCACAGACUUGAAACUGAUAAUACUUACAUCACAGAGUCGUAUGACCACUCUUACUGCUUAUUUUCUGAAGGUCAAACAACACCACCCAUCUUCCAAAGCCAAUCGCAAACUACGAUUGCUACAUCUAUCAGAUCAUCGAGCUACGAAUCUAUAUUCAUAGUAAAGACCGAUUCUUCAGUGAGUUUAUCUACAGGUUCUUAUAUCGCAGAAGAAGACACCAUAAGUGUGGUUUCAUUUGUCGAUAGUGAAUUUUCUUCAGACGCAAGUCAUUAUUUAAUAUCUGCACGUGAUACGUACAGCGUGCUCACAAUGGAUGAAUCUGGUAUAAUAACAGACACGCUUGACUACGACACAUCGGAAACACUGAAAAGCCACAGUUACAUUCGCGAUAUUCUGAUUAUUUCCUCUGACGAGUACAAUAACCAGCAUUGUGAAAAACGCAAGAAAAAUAAUAAAGAUAAAAACGACGUAUUAAUAUUCAGAUUGUCUCAAACUGAUGCGCCUAAAGAUGGAGCAGAAGGAAGUGAAAGCUAUAAUAGAAAAGACUCUGUCAUGGUUAUUCAUGACUUCAAUAGUGAUCACAGCAUGUUAGAUGUCGUGAAUGAAUUGUUGUUACGAAAGAAAUUGCCAGAAGAUUCGUCUGUUUAUUUGGUAGUGCCAACAUCCGACGAAUAUGAUACCGAUAGUUCUGUUGAUGGAGCAGAUUCUACUAUUUGCAUACAAAUAUCCGAAAACAUAUCUAAAUGGGACCGGAAAAUGAGUCGUUAUGACGCUCCCGGAGGAAUAAAACUCAGAUCGAAAGGUAAAAGACCACACAUUUACGGAGAUAUAUCGAAGUUGGUUGAUGAAGAAGCUUUACAGCAAUGUAUGGAGAAACAAAUAAAAAACGAUGAAAUAACUAGUCACUACGCUAGCGCUACUAAAGAAACUAUUACAUUGAAGCCAGUAAAACAACUAAGAGCUGUAAGCGUCGAUACGAUCCGAGACAGACCGUGCUGUUGCACACCGAAAGAACAGAGCACAGAAAUUAUACCGAUAAUCGAAGAAUGCGUUCCAAGUAUUCCAACGAUUGCUUCAGAAUUAAUUACCCCCAUAAUAGCAAAACAAGGAGCCGCUCAAGGUUUACAUCGUGAAGUGUACGUCAAGUGUCCUCGUAAAAGCUCAAAAUCUCUGACAUCAUCACAGCAUAGGAAAUUCACCGCCCAGAAAACUCCUAUAAGAGUGUGUCGUGUACCGCAUAACGCAGCAACCCCUUCUCAAUCACGUAUGGAAAAAGCGUCACCGCACCCACCACCUCACAAGCCAACAACCUUGCAUGUUAACCACCCACCAAAACAAUCAGUCAGGAUUGAGACAUCCAUGCAUGACAACGGCUGCCCUGCGAGAAGCAAGGCUUGCCCCCCCAGGCUUCCUAAACCAGCACUAAAGCAACCAUCAGGUGGACCCGCGUCUUGUCGUAUUGCACCGUGCGCUGGGCAAGAAGUAUGUCACCAGCCGAUGGGCACUCAAGUAUCGAUCGUCCCUCGAGAGCAAGGCCGAUCCGAUAACUGUAAAUGCGAUCCAGACAAAUUAAGAGAACUAUUCGAAAAAGCUGCAAAGCAAAUGGCGUCAAUUAGUUGCGGCGACUCAAAUCCGAACGCCGCUAUACGCAAGCGCAAAGCAACGUUACCUUGUUCUAAAGAUGGUGCCAAAGAAGGAAGUAAAGCUUCCACUUGCCUUACAGCACCCAAGAGAGGUGCCUGCCUAUGUGAUGAGAAUGAUGAAAAGAAAAAGAAAAAGAAGAGGAAAAAGCAAUGCCCAUGUCAGCGAUUCAUCACAGAGUCUAAAGGCUGCCAAUGCUGCAUUUGCAAAGGAAAAAGUAAAGAAAAAUGUGACUGUAACAAAGGAAAGAAAAAUGUCUGCGAAUGUCCUCCAGCCCCUGCAGAUCAAGAAAUACUCGACAUUUCGAGUUCACCAAAAGAGUUGAAAAUCGAUUACGAACGACUAAAAUAUUUGAAAGAAGAAUUUGAUCAAAUCGACAAGCGGGAAAUGAUGGAGGAACUUAAAAUGAAGUCUAAUAUGACUCAGACCACAUCAGGUUUCAGAUUCAAGUUCAAGAAGAGGCCUUUACAUAGAAAACUGUCAUAUAUGGAUUCUGAAGAAAUGAGUUUUGAAGAUGCGUUGCAGUACUUUGAGGAGCAUCCGGAAGACAUUCCAACUCCUGAAGAAAGCGAUGCGAUUCCUAUUGAGGAUGCUUGUAAGUGUAAUGGUCCGCUGCCUCCACUCCCUCCUCCAUCGAAGACUGAUCCUGAUUGCGUCUGCCCGCCCGACGAAACAGCAGGCGGCGCUGGUGGCGCGGGUGGCGCUGGUGGCGCCGCUGGCAAGGCAGGCACCGGAGCGGGAGAAAACACCGAAGGAGCCGGCGGCGCUGCUGCAGGUUCAGAAGCUGAAGAAGCUCUCAAAGGCUUCAAGAUAGUCAUUGGAGGAUAUAGCGAUGGCUCCUACGUAUAA